CUGGUCAGUCAAACAAUGAACAACCUUUCCUUACAAGUGGAUGUUCAAAUGCAGCUCUUACUCUUUAGAUAUUAAACAUUAUGGCACGACUGAGCUGGGCCUAAUGGAAUGAACAGUCUUUGAGUGAAGAGGAUGCGGAGCCUGACAGAACAGAACAGAACACAGAGGCGUGUACAGGCUGCUUUUAUCCGUGAUGUCUGGAACAGAGAAUCACACAGACAGAGAGGAGGACUACAGGUUCCUCCACAGCAUGUUGAUGGAGAAGAAGCUUCACUUGCUCUUCAAGAUCCACGAGCGGCUGAAGUGUUUUGAGAAGCGAAGCCUUGUCCCUGUCCAGGAGCACGCAGCAAGUCUGGCCACGGAUUUGGUAAAGGAGCUGAUCGACCAAGGCUGGAGAGAUGAAGUCAAAGAGCUGGUUGCUCUCUUUUCCAAACCCUACGUUAAGAGUCUCCUGUCUGUCCAUGACGCUGUAGCGCACAGGGAAUUUGAGCCAACUCUGCCACCGGUACCUGAUGACGCACUGGAGGAGGAAGAUUCGGUCAAAAUUGUCAGUCUGGUCAAAACCAAAGAGCCCCUGGGGGCGACAAUUAAGAAGGACAAAGCAACUGGGGCUAUCGUCGUGGCGAGGAUCAUGAGAGGGGGUGCCGCGGAUAAAAGUGGCCUGAUCCAUGAAGGAGAUGAACUGAAAGAGGUGAACGGAGUCUCACUGGAGAACAGGAAGCCAAAAGAAAUCCUUCCGCUACUGAGUCGUUCCCGGGACAAUGUCACAUUCACGAUAAUUCCUGCAUCAUCCAAGGACGACGUGUCUUCAUAUAAGAAGAAGCUCUUUGUGCGGGCUAUUUUUGACUACGAUCCGAACGAGGAUCCUGCCAUCCCAUGUCAGGAUGCGGCAGUUUCCUUUAAGAGGGGAGACGUCCUCCAGAUUGUCAGCAUGGAGGAUGACACCUGGUGGCAGGCCUGUCACCUGAGGGACGGCAGCAGUCGGGCAGGUCUCGUCCCCUCACAGCUGCUACAAGAGAGGAGAUUUGCACUACAGCGUCCCAAAGGCCUGUUCAGACCUCGGCAAAUUAAACCACCAGUCGUGGAGGACGUAGACUAUGGAGCUAUAACCGGGAUCCACAUUGCUGGUUUACGAAGGAGUUUUCGGCUCGGCAGAAAGAGCAGUUGGGCCAGAGAAGCAGCUCGGUCCAGGAGGUGGAGUGCCGGCGCACAUGGCCCGUUUCAUCCACCGACCUACAUCGAGGUGAUCCCGUAUCGCAAAGACCACAAAGACAGACACCGCGUGGUUGCUCUGGUCGGACCCAGCGGCGUUGGCGUCAGUGAAAUGAAGAGGAGACUCCUGCUCUCCGACCCUGACCGCUAUGGCAUCACUGUGCCAUACACCACGCGUGAGAAGAGAAGGCAGGAGAGUGAAGGCACGGAUUAUCACUUUGUAUCAGUGAGCGUGUUUGAAGAGGACAUUCUGAACCACAGGUAUAUCGAAUAUGGACGAUACAAAGGCCAUUACUAUGGAACCAGUCUCGACUCUGUGCGGAAAGUGAUGGCUGAGGGAAAAGUGUGCCUCUUGGAUGUUCAUCCUAGUAAUAUAAGCCAUGUGUACACGUCUGAAUUCAAACCAUACGUGGUGUUUGUGAAACCUCCGCGCAUCGAGGAGCUACGUCUGACCAGACGCAGGGCUAAAUUUAUCUGCGGCGAAGAGGACGCAACACCAGCCCGGAUCUUUGCCGAGGAAGAUUUUGAGGACAUGAUUGACAUGGCUGAAACUAUGGAGAACCAGUACGCUCACCUGUUUGACAAGGUGAUGGUAAAUGGAGAUAUCGCCGUAGCCUUCAGGGAGUUAAAGGCAAACCUCGAGAAGAUGCAGGAGGCGGAGGUCCAAUGGAUUCCUGCACAGUGGGUCUGCUCCUCACCAACAACAGCACGGAGAAGUUGUGGUCAUUUGAGUGACUGGAUUUGAAUUCAGUAAUAUAA